GAAACAUUUUUCUUCUUUCCUUCCUAAUAAUAAUCCAUGGCCGCCGCCCAAAGUCUUCUCCUCCAUCAGCAAAUACAUAGAACAAAACCCUACUCUUCUCCUCCUCCUCAAUUCCCGCCAAACACUUUCUCCUCCGUUAACUUCAAAACGAAUAUUCCGUCAAAAAGUUUCAAAAAAAUUCUCACCGUUAAACACUCUCUGCUAAACAACAGCACCAACAAUGCCAACGGCGAUGGCGAUUCCAUUCGUCACCACCGAGAACUUGAAAAAAUAAUCCUCCUUCCGAAAUCGGGAACUAAAAGAAACCGAGUCGAGAUAGCGGUCGAAACCCUAAUAGUAAAUGCCCUAGAGUCACUCCAAAAACCCAUUGUAGUAGCUGCUGUUGCAAUACUAGGGUUACUAGUAUUGAAUUGCAACCCUAAUAGUUUUGCAUGGGCGGCCUCCGGUGGACGUAUGGGCGGGGGUUCUUCUUCUUCCUCCUCUUCCUCCGCUUCUCGGUCAAAGUCAACGUCUUCGAGGAGGGGUUCGUUGUCGUGGAGGAACAAUUGUUCAUCGUCGAGCAACCAUUGUUCAUCUUCUGAUCAAGAAUAUUCCUCCGGAGUUGAUUACGGAAUGUUCUAUUUAAUAUUUAUCCCAUCACUUUUUGCGUUGAUUCUAGCUGUGGCUGCGCUCAAUACUUAUCUCGAGUUUUUGGAAAAAAGAACAAGCGUGAUUAAGCUGCAGAUUGGUUUAUCGGGCACGGAUAAAUCACUCCGUAAGGAUCUUAACCGGAUUGCUCAAACUACAGAUACAUCCACCUCAAAGGGUUUUCACUCCGUAUUGACUGAUACGAUGUUGGCUUUGCUUCGGUAUCCCGAUAAUUACAUCUCCGCCUAUUUAUCAGUAAUUUCUACAACCGUUGAUUCUUUCCUCUCGUUGAUUCAUUUCUAUAUAAGUGACAUGAAAAAAAAAAAAGAAGAUAUUUAUUCUUUCGCAAUUGUGCUAAAUGAUCUGAAGAAGGACGCGGUCGAAGGGGAGAAAAUAUUUUAUCAACUUUCUUUCGAGGAACGUUGCAAGUUAGAUGAAGAGACACUUGUUAAUGUCAACAACAUAAAAAAGCAAAGCUCGACAGCCGUGCGAUCAAGUGGACUAAUUAGUGACGAACAUGUGGUGGUAACAAUCUUGGUGGUUGCUCGACAACCACAAAAGUUGCCUUCGAUAGAAAACAAUGAAAAUCUGAAAGAAGCUUUAAAGAAGCUGGGAUGUCUUCCAUUAGAUUCAAUUGUGGCAGUUGAGGUAUUGUGGACUCCACAGAAAAAAGACGACACUCUAUCGGAACAAGAACUUAUUAAAAAUUAUCCCUUAUUGCACCCUCUUCAUAAAGUGUAAAGUAAGUUGUAAUCUCUGUAUAUAUAGAUUUUAGGGUAAAUAACAAUCGCCCACCUGAAGUAAGGUCUAUUUAAUUACGAAAAACCCUCUCAUUUUCCCAUAAUUACACUGUAAUUUGUAGAUUUCUUACUUUAACACUCUUUUGUAGGAAGGAGGUGGAUGUACGAAAUUUACAAACUACAGGAGGUUGGGUGUAAUUUUUAAAAAAGAAGGAUUUAUUUGUAAUUACAGUUUACCUCAGGGAGGUGGUUGUAAUUUACUCGAUACUUUCUUUUCUAAAUUGUUCUUAUAGUAUGGCCUUACAAAACAGUUGAAGUUUGAUGGUAUAAUCCAUGUGACUAUUGGUUUCUCAUUUCAAGAAUGGUGCUUCUCUAUUUUCAGAUUUUGGAGGUGAAAUUU